CGGGGAGCUUCGGGCAAAUUCAAUAUUUCUGUGAAUUUGGGGUAAAGUGUGAUUGUCGAUUAAUCAGGUAAUGCUGCAACGCAUUGGUGAUGGAUGCUGAAAGAUCCCGUGGCGCUCAGCGCGCUACCGCUACCAACAUGGAUGACAUUGCGCAGAACGUACAAUUCUUGUCAGAAAAGACUCUGCAAGAUAUUGCCAAGGGUGGACUAGUCAAACUGGCCUUGAAUUGCGAUGACGGCGAGAAAGUGAACAGAGUCUGGCAGUCAUUAAUCCAGACGGUUUCAACGCCAUCUAUGUCCAAUCAGCAUACCGCAGCUGCUUGUAAUGCAGUUUCGGCUUUUCUGGAUGCAGCUGCCACUUCCAAAAUCAAGGACACAAAACAAUUGGCUCUUUCAUCAGACAACUGGCUAGCUGUCUUCGAGGUGUUCCUCAGCAGAUAUGAAGAUGCCAAGCCGAAGCCGCUCAAGCAGCUUUUGGGCUCACUGGUCAAUAUUCUGGCCAAGUCUAUCCACGGGUCCAAGAAAGAAGAGAUUCAAAAGGCAGUCACGGAUGCAAUCAUUCCUAGUAUCGUGCUUGGUGAGCCUCGAUCUCGAUUGAAGGCUUCGCUGGUGUGCUUCGAGCUGUGCAUUCGCAAAGGGGCUAUCUCUGGCUCUGGAUUUAUCUCUUUGCUACAGAGAUGGCUUGGUGAGCAUCGGCAAAACUGGGUGCAUGUUUUUGAGAACGCCCAGGAGGCACUAUCUCUUAAUUGCCCCGAAACCCUUUCUGGCGAGCCAUCCAAAGAGCUAGCGGCACAGGUCUUUGUACUUGGCCUCCUUACCCAGACGAACAGCCGUGACAUGUCGGGAUCAUGCGGAAACGUACUGGGUGCUCUUUUGAUAAAAUUGAAGUUGGAAUCUCCGGGGUGGUCAGUAUCCACGAUCUGGGUUGCCCCUGUUCGGUACAUGAUGCUUCAUAUCGUGGACAACCUUGAAGCCAUGUCGAGCCAAAUCCUCCAGCCAAUUUUCUCUGCCGACCCUUCAGGCUUUAUGGCCUUUGUGGAGAGCCUGCCACUCAAGGGUCUUCUUGCGGGUGAUAUGACCGAUGCCGAGGAUAAAGAGUACAUUCUUCUUUUUGCAGCCUUGCAAAUAGGCAAGAAGACCAACCUUGUCCAUGAAGAUUAUGAUGGCUCGAAACCAAGCGAGGCCAAGGCUGGGGCACCGCAGAAGUUGGUACUCAAGAGCGAGGUACUCGGCAAUUUCCUGCUCCAUCGUGAACCCAACAUUCGCAUAGCGGCAUUGUCGUUGUUGGUCACUGCCUUUUCGACUAUCAAGCCAUUCACAUCAGCUGCUACCGACUCAAUCUUGCGCGGACUUCCGUCAAUGCAUGCCGACUCUGAUUCUUACAGCAGAGGCGAAAUCAUGAGUCUUACCCGCAAGCUCAUUGUCCGUCUCAAGAGUGGCAUUCUCAAGCAACAAGACUCGGGUGUAACAGCGCAAGCGACAUCUAAUUUGCCGUCAGGCUUGGUCAAGAGUGAUGAUGAAACGAUGGCCUUCUUGAGAAAAUACAUCAACUUCAUCGCGGGUGAUCUCGUAGUGACUGCGUCGUAUCCACGCCAUAUCAGUGCUCUGAAAGCACUGAAACUAUUGCUGGAAUCUAAUCUCGACCCACGGACGAACAUUCCCCCAGCAAAAUCCGAAGUUGAAACGCGCUGGAAAUACCACAUGAAUGUUUUCGAGCCUCGUCUUCUUCGGCUGCUAGUGGAUCUACUACUGGAUCCAUUCGAGGAAGUAAGACAGACGUCUCUGCUGAUCAUCAAUUUUUUCCCUCAAAAGAUCUUGAUGGACGGUUUCGAAGCUACAGCCAAUGAUUGCCCGGCUGUAUGCAUGCGCCUAACAGAUGCGCUGGCGCGAGCUGAGCUCACUGCCAGCAACACUAGCCGAGCUGAUCAUGCGGAUACGGUAGCCCGUCUCUAUCAUAUUUUGUUCUGUGCAGCUCUCCCAAGCACCGCUCCAUCGGCCGGCUCAGACUGGUGGUCAACGAAGACGUCGGUUGUUCAUACAAUUUUGACUAAAUUGGAGGAGCGACUUUCAUCUUCCAAGGGCCUAUUCAACUCAUCUUUGCGUGAAGCUCCUCUUCAUGGGUACAUGUCUGGACUACGAUAUAUUGUGUUAAUGCCCAAUUUCCAUGACCUUUUACUGAAUGGACCGGAUGAUGGUGCCUGGAGGUCCAUCCACGAUCGUAUCGUAUCGAUUUGUGAUCGGGUUUGGGAAGAGGUGAAACCUGUUCUCUGUAUUGACUCCCCAGAGGGUCAUACCGACGAUCCAAUUGAAGAUCUUGCAGUGGGUCCGAAGGACAUUCUCUCUUACUCAUGGCGAGCUCUUCGAGAGUCCAGCUUGUUGCUACAUGCUACCAUGUUCAACACGACCUACGGACCUGACGGUCCGGGUGGACUUCAGCGUACAGACUUUGAGAAAGUCGGUCGUGCUAGCUUCACACAACUUGCUGAGCUGCGCCACCGUGGUGCAUUCUCUACUGUUUCACAAACCUUCGCCACAUGUUGUGAACGAUGCAGUGGCUCGAAGGAUGCAUCAAUCCAAGAACUGCCCAAGGGAUGGUACAAGGAAGCGAGAGCUACAAUCUUUGAGUCGGCUUCAAAGCUGACCCGACGAUCGGCUGGUCUCCCUGCACUGGUUACAGGUAUCUUCUGCUCCUUGCACAGAACACCUUUCUUCAAGGACGGCAUGGAUGACCUUCACGACAUCUCGCGUCUGACUGUCGAAUAUAACAAAGAGCAACAGUAUCUAGAGCUUCCUCAAGUCCACGCCAUGAACUGCUUAAAAGACAUCUUCACUAACACUAAGCUUGGUCCAUUUACUGAGCCGUUCAUCAUGCCUGCGCUAACGCUGUCUGCUGAGCGGCUUGGAUCCCCUAUUUGGGCCCUUCGCAAUUCUGGCUUGAUGCUGUUCCGCGCUCUGCUGACCAGAAUGUGCCGCAUGGUACCAGGAGCUGUAGCUGGAUUCGGUGGUGUCUCGGGCUCUGAACCAGGAUCGAAGAUCUCAUUCCCCAAGUACCCCGGUCUACUCGAGCUACUGUCCAAGCUCUUGGCACCAACCGAGGGCACAACUGCUCAGGAGGGCACCGAUAUUGUCACUGAACGGAUCUUCCCCGCUCUGGAGUUGAUUGGAGAGAAGGUUCCCACUAUCGGAGACGACUAUGACGCAAAGCUGUGCAACCUUGUUCUAGCGCACUUCCAAAGCCCAGUCUGGGGCAUCAGAGAGCACGCUGCUCGUGUCUAUUCGUCUUUACUGACCAGGACGAAUAUCCUCAGAGAUGUUGAGUAUUUGGUUAGCCUUCUUCAGGCGGGUGUAUCCGAGAACUAUGUCCAUGGCAUAGCUCUAUGCGUUCGGUACUCUUUCCGCCGUUUCGCAGCGUCAACCGAUGCAUUCUGGAUGAGCCACAUCGAUGAUCUGCUCGCGACUCUACGCCAUGUAUUGGUGACGUUGUUCUCCGUUGCCAAGUCUCCGUCUGUUGCGACCUGUCUUAUCGAAAUAUUGAACGAUACUCUCGAGCGAAGCAUCGCAGCUCAGGCUGAAGAUCGAUUUAUACCUUUCGUCAAUGAGAUCUACGACAAGCAUGAUCUCCAUGGAGUUUUGAACUAUAUUUUCGAUGCUUCUCAAGUCGGAUGGAACCUGGCUAGCCGUACUCGGUCAUCGGCCCUUCUUCGAAGGGCUCUUGCAUGGUGUACAAUGUUGAAAAUGCUAAUUUCACAAAACUGGACAGAAAUUCCUGCAUUCUACCACGGCAUUUCACAAUUUGACGCUGAUGCGGGCAGUUGGAUCUUAGAGAAAUUGCCAGAACAACUGGCCGGAAUGAGCAAAUACAGGAAGGCGUUGGUGGACCUAUACUCUUCGAUCAUCCAGGGCUUUCACCCAGCAGACUCCAAGACGCUGGCUGCCUCGAAUCUCGCCACUAUACUGGAGGAGGUGCUGGUGUCCUCAGCGGACGGUAUCUCCGAGUUCAAUCUUCCGUGCGACGAAUUAGAGAAAAGCUUCAAGCCGGAUUCAGACAUCAAACAGUGGAAUCGAUAUGCUACCGAUGCAGAACUUCGUCUUCAGGGAUGUCUUCUUGCUCUUCGAGCCUUUUCGACUCAGGAUAAGUCGCUUUCUGAUUUGAAGCACGAUAUCCAACGUUGGGUCAUCAAGCUGCGGUCUGCCCUGAGCGAAGAAACAGAAUUCACUACUCGCUACGCAGCCGUGGUAUCUGUUCAAAGCUUCUCUAAGGCUCUUCGACCUCGGGGUGAAUCAGCACGGACAGACGCUGCUCUGCUUGAUGUCUAUUUAGUUCUUUACGACAUGCUCAACGACGACGAUGAGGAACUACGGGAUAUCGCCGCUUCCUCUGCAUCAUGGGUGCUUUCUUAUUCAUCAGUGUCACCCACCUCCGCCCUUGCUCUUGGGCCUCUUAAUGCAAGCGAGCUACUUGCAACUUUCAUCACUGAUCAUUACUCGGACUCUGUGUAUUUCGCUCGUCGGGUCAUCCGGUAUCUGACUGGACAAGAGUCUCGCAUCAGUGGAUCUGACAAUCAAUCAAGCCUUGUCCCAGUCUCGGAUCUUUUGGCUCAGCUUUGCCAGGAGAGCACCGUCCUGUUCGUGGAGGAGAAGCAAAAUCUGUUCAUUGACGAAGUCCGCGAAGUCGAUGUCUGGUCUCGUGUGCUUUCGCAGUUGAAGCGAAAUGCCUAUCCGGAGACUUUGAUACGGCAGAUCUCGAGCUGGGUGUCCGAAGGCUUGGACCACCUUCUCGCGUUUGUGAAUCAGGAUUCUGGCGCCGAUGGAUUAUUGGGUUGGACUUCUAAGCCAGAGGUAUUCACAUUGGGAGUGCGCGUUAUUAGCAUUGCUGCAUCUCUUGGAUCACAGAGCUUCGUUUUGCCCGAGUCUUUGGAUGUCGAGCAGGUCGCUUUGCGGAGACAAAUACAGGGUCUGUUUGAUGCUGGCAAAAGGGCAUCUCUCCACUAUGACUGGCUAUCGCGGAUGAUUGCUUCGAACAGUUGCGAGUCGGUAGGACAACAAAAGUAA